AUGUCUGCUGAACCUUCUUUCACGUCUUCUAUAGCUGUAUCCCAAUCUUCUAUCUCGCGCACUGCUUCUGGAGUAUCCUCUACUGCCGAUGCUUCUGUCGCGUCUAGUAUAAUUUCCGCAGCAUCGUCUGUGGCAGCAUCUUCUGAAAUAUUUGCUUCAUCUGAAAUAUCUGCUCCUGCAUCAUCUAUUGUCGCAAGUGUUGCCCCAACACAGUCUCUUCCAGUAUUUUCAACCUUGCCUCCCUUUGUUGCAACACCAACAACUACGAGUAAAGCAGUUACUGUAUUCCCCAACUUUAUGAUAACGUUUGCUGCAUUAUUUUUAAUUGUGUUGAUGUUUAAGCGUAAUCAAUAA